AUGGUGGGCGGGCCGCGACCGAGCGAGCCACCGGCGUCCAACCUCGGGAGCAUCAGCCUCAACGAGUCCAUGUUCAAGCUCAGCGAGCUCAUGAAGCUCCACGGCGUCUUUGAGCAAGACUCGGCGCUCACCGAGAAGCAGUUCGUAUCGCACUUUGGCUCGAUCCUCGGCGGCGACCACUGGACGCCGACGCAGAUCUCGCAGCUCUUUAUGAAGAUCGACGCCAACUCGGACGGGACUGUGGACUGGGACGAGUUCACGAACUUCAUGUUCCUCAACGCCAACGCGACCAAAGACUCGUCCGCGACCUCGACCGCCGCCUUUCUGCCCCGCGACGACUAUGUGGCCGAAGAGACGCCCGUGACGACCCACCGGGCGCGCGACGUCUUCGUUGCGAUCGAGACGCUGCCACGCAGCGGCCAGUACCUCGCGUGCACCCACGGCGGCGUCAUCUCGACGUUCGCGCCGACAGCGCUGGCGGCGCCGCUCCAGUCGUUCAAGACGGCGAGCGCUCGCAGCAAGUCGGACUGGAUCUCGAGCAUGGUCUAUUUGCGCGUGAGCGGCAAGGUGGCUGUCGCGUCCAUGGAGGCUGGCGUCGUCUUCUACGAUCUCUCGACGCCCGACAAGAAGAUCGUGUCCAAAAUCCCAUUUUCCGAGUUGGAGCAUGCGACGCCGCUGAGUUUGAGCACGAUGGUCGACGAAGGGAGCAUGCGCGAGAGCCUCUUCAUUGGCGACGACGUCGGCUUCGUCACGCAAAUCGUUUUUGACGAGCCGACGACGUGGCACGUGUGCGACGGCGAAAUCGGCUGCCACAGCGACCCGACGCUCGACGGCUGCAAAAUCUCACGCGUCGAGCGUCACACCGACUACAUUUCAUGCCUCGAGUUUGUCUCGGACCUCAACUGCCUCGUCUCGGCGUCCCACGAUGGCUCGGUCAAGGUGGUGGAUAUCACACGGGGCGCGCUCAAGCGCGACUUUCGACAGCACCGCGGCGCUGUCUACUCGUUUGCGUGGUGCAAGGAGCCCAAGCUCAUCGCGAGCUGCGGCCUCGAGCGUCAAGUGCUGCUCUGGAGCCCGUACUCGAUCCGGCUCGUCGGUCGCCUCGUGGGCCACACGUGCUCGAUCAAACAAGUCAUCUGGAAUGCCGCGUCGUACAGCCUCUUGAGCCUCGGCUUUGACGGCCUCGUGCGCGUGUGGGACGUGAAAAACUGCAAGUGCAAUCAGGUCAUUGAAGACGCCUCGCACGAACGCCACAAGGUGAGUUUGCUCGCGUUCGACGCCCGCUACAAGCACUUGAUCACGGCGUCGAGUGCGCUCAACGACUGGCCCCUGCACCCGAUGGUCGGCGUCCAAGAAGCGCUGCAGCCGCACGAGCAUCCCAUCUGCAAGAUCCUCUUCGAUCCCUCGUUCCAGCAAGUCGUGAGCAUCGACACCAACGCGCACGUUGUGCUAUGGAACCUCCUCGACGGCUCGAUGAUUUCCAACUUUGACAUCUCCGACUCGACCAUCACCGCCGCCGCGCUGGACGAGUCAGGGCGUCGGCUCAUCACGGGCAGUCACGCCGGCGACGACGUCAAGCUAUGGAACUUCAGCAACGGCAGUCUCCUCACGACGCUCAAGAAAGAGAAGGAUGACCACCAUCUUGACGCCCUCCUGCGCUUUAACCGCGCCGAGCUCGACGACGACGCGGGCCGAGUCAAGCUGCCGCCGAGUCUGCACACACAGAGCGUGCACGUGCCCCGCGUGCCCCGGUGCAUCGCGCCAAAGUCGAACGAAGUCACAAGCGUGCUCUCCAUCACAACGUCGAUUCCGUUCUCGUCCGGGCGCGGCUUUACGCAGUCGAAAUACAUUGCGUGCACGGGCUGGGACCGCCGCGUGUACGUCUGGAACGACUCGAACGCGACCGAGUACCUCCGCUGCAUGCCCGAGAAGAAGCGGGCGACGGGGCACACGGACGACGUUCUGUCGCUGACCUAUUGCCCGCCCAAGAGCAUCGCGACGGGCGGCGUCGACGGCUGCGUCAUUCUCUGGGGCCUCAACUCGGGCGACGUCAUGCACAAGUUUCAAUUCUCGAGCGGUAUCGAAGCGCUCAUGUACCCGCCCAAGCUCGGGCUCCUCGUUGGCGUGACGACGAACGCGACGCUCGUCCUCAUCAACCCGCGCCACACGGUGGUGCACGCGACCGUCGACCUGCGGGAAGACGACGCCCUUUGCGAAGUCCGCGUCGCGCGCUGCGACGUCGAUGGCGAGCUGCUCUUCACGGGUCUCUCCAACGGACUCGUCCAGGUGUUCCGGCUCACGUGCCUCCCACUUUUGUGCGUGGAGAAC